UCGGCUCUCCCUCAUGUUUGAGUUUGUUUCCUCUACGCUGAUCAAGAUGAAGCUGUGUGUGAUUCUCAUCUGUGCAGUUCUUCACUCCACAGAGGCUAAAACUGUGCACAGAGAUAUUUUGGUAGAGCUGUGCUCUGAUACAGAGAAAGAGGCUAUAUAUGGACUUGAUGGAGAAGAAUUGUGGCACGCUGACUUCAGUCAGGGAACAGGAGUGAUGACACUGCCGGAUUUUGUAGAUCCUAUGGCCUAUGUAGAAGGAACCUAUGAGAUGAGUGUUAAUAAUCUAGAAAUAUGCAAAGCAAAUUUGGCUGCAAGUAUAAAAGCUAACGAUAACCCUGCAGAACCAAGGGUUGCCCCCCAAAGCUCAAUCUACUCCAAGGACGAUGUGGAGCUGGGCUCCAAUAACACCCUCAUCUGUUUCAUUACUGCAUUCUACCCACCACGCAUUGGAGUGUGGUGGACCAAGAACAAUGCAAAUGUGACUGAUGGAGUUAGGUUUAGCAGAUUUUAUCCAAUCGGUGAUGGAACUUUCAACCUGGUCUCUCGUUUGAGCGUCAUACCAGAGAAGGGCGACAUCUACACCUGCACUGUGGAGCACGUGGCCUUGGACAGACAUCUGACCAAAACAUGGGAUGUGCAGGUGGCUAUGCCCAACGUGGGUCCAAUUGCGUUCUGUGGGGUCGGUCUGGGUUUGGGACUGAUCGGAGUCAUUGCUGGAAUAGUCUUUCUCAUCAAAGGAAGAAACUUCAGCUCAGAAUCUGACUAAACAUUACAGCAAGCUUAUUACACUGUGUUUUUCUAAGGUG